GUGGCGCAUACAAAAGUUCACGGAGGGUACAAAUAAUUCUUAGUAUUCUUCCAGUGAUAUAAUUUCAGAUAACAUCAAAACUACAAGAUCUGGUAGAUAGCUGGUAGGAAAGCCGGCAGUUAAACAUAGCCUGAAACCGUUUAUCACAUUGGGACUAAUUAUUGUUCGAGUUCGUAUUGGUUCUGUGUCGACAACUUACUGCCAUCGUGAAGCCCCGCAAUCCCCAUUUGACUCCAUUCGGGGUCACCUCCAAUGGCUUCGGUCAUCCGUUUCUCUAAAACUACGUCAUAUCCCAAUACCACCUUAUAAUGGUAACUCAUCACCAUCAUCGCAGAGACCUUGGCGGCCACAGAGCAUGAUUGGUACUUGGAUCACAUAACGCUAAAAUGUCAAUAUUCCUCGACUUUGACGGUACGAUAACGGUGCGCGACACAAUUGGCGAGCUCGCGAAGGCGGCGCUGCGCAUCCAAUCAGACCGCGGGCUUGACCUUGACAAAGAAUGGGAUGGUGUCGUCAAGGCGUACAUGCGAGAUUACGACAGGCAUGUUGACGAGUUCCACAUCAAGGAGCAGGAGCGUUGCCAGCCGGAGCAGGAGGUCGAGUUUUUGCGCGAAAUGAAGAACGUGGAACUAGAGUCCCUCGACAGGAUCAAUGGCUGCAAGGUGUUCGAGAAUGUCAGCGAGGAGGAUCUCUGGCGUGCCGGGAAGCAGUAUGUCAGGGACGGCACGGUGAGGGUACGGCCGGGCUUCGGGAAGUUUGUUCAGAAAAGAAUCAAGGAAGGCUGGAGGAUAUGGGUCAUCAGCGUCAACUGGUCAACGGCUUUCAUCGAGGGCGUGUUGGAUUGCGGUGAUAUACAUGUCAUCGCCAACCACAUCCGGCAGGAUGGAACUGUCGUCGGUCCUGAGAUUAUCAACAAUACUGGUGCCGGUGGGAUUCGCAACUUGACAAACUCCUGCGAUAAACUGGAUGUCAUGAAAGCUGUGCUGCAGCGAGACGGUGUGGACAAGGCGCCAAGCUUCUACUUUGGUGAUUCAAUUACAGACCUUGAGUGUCUGCUCAAUGCAAUGUAUGGUUGUGUGAUAGCUGAUGGGGAAGGCGAAGACUCCAAGUUGUUACAGACCCUGCGUAGGAUUGGGAAGGAUGUUCCAAGGACUAGGGAAACACAAGCGUUAGUUCACAGCCUCACAUGGGCGGAAGACUUCGAGGAAGUAGAUAAGUCUAUCGGCUUCAGCUUGGCUGCGUCAUAAGCCAUAAGUAGCACCGCAUCUAUAAUCCCCGGUCAUCUUUGGCUGCAUCUAUAAUCCCCGGUCAUCUUUGGCUAUAUCGUAUUUCGGUGACUAGAAUUGAUAUUUUCUAUCUGCAAUGGACGAGGCUCGUCGCAAAUAAAUACGCAUGCCUAACGCUAAACAAAGGCCAGCAAUGCAUU